AUGGCUUCCCCACUAACCCAGUCACCUGCGACUUUGUCUGGUAAACUGGUCGAGCUGAUACGCAGCUUCAAAACGCCAGGCAUUUUGAAGCUGGUCUUUCGGCGUGGCUGGCCCAGAUUUGUGCUGUCUCUUUUGCUCGGGGUAGUUGCGCUUCGGAAAACCAACAGUCUCCUGAGCCAAGCCACUCUCAACAAUUUUACCCAAGACAAGUAUGACUGGCGAAGGGAGUUGGUGGUGGUUACCGGUGGAUCCGGCGGCCUUGGGGACAGGUUGGUGCGCAAGCUGGCCAAGAACUGCAUCAAAGUGAUCAGCCUAGAUGUUGUUCCCCCAAGAACGCCUCUACCAUCGAACUCCUACUUCUAUGAAGUAGACAUCACGUCAAGCAAGUCUAUCAAAGAGGUAGCAGGCCGAAUGCGCCGAGACCACGGCGAUCCUACGGUCCUGGUGAACAAUGCAGGAGUCAUGAAAAUAGCCUCGAUUCUUGACGAGACGGAAGAGCAGAUUCGUAAUGUUUUUGACGUCAACAUCAUUGCCAGCUUUCUCUUGAUCAAGGAAUUCUUACCGUCGAUGAUCCACAACAACCAUGGCCACGUGGUCACAGUCGCGAGCAUGGCAAGCUUCGUGACCGGGGUCAACAACGUGGACUACUCAUGCUCCAAGACAGGCGCGCUGGCUCUUCAUGAGGGGCUGGGUCAGGAGCUGAGACACCGAUAUAAAGCACCAAGAGUGCGCACGAGCAUCAUUCAUCCAACUUACAUCAAAACAGCUUUGAUCGAAAAGGUACACAGCUUGGGUCCCUUCAAAUCAAAGAUGCUUGAGCCGGAGCCUGUCGUGGAUACCAUCUUCAAGCAAAUUGUCUCCGGCCGCAGUGGCCAUGUUUACUUGCCAGGGGAAUAUGCCAGAGCAGCAGGACUACGGUCUUGGCCUCACUGGCUCCAAGAAACCCUCAGGAAUGCGCAGAAGGAUACACUAUUGCAUUAG